GUGACAUUAAAAAAGGGCCCCUCAUUCUUUGGAAAAUUUUAUCUUCCUUCAUCCAAUUUAUUGUGAGAAUGCGUUUGAUUAUUCGUCAAGACUACGAUCAAGUGUCGCAUUAUAUUGCAAACUACAUCAAAGAGCGUAUCAAUGAAUUCAACCCCACCGAGGCGCGUCCCUUUGUUCUGGGAUUACCUACAGGUUCAUCUCCUAUUGGUGUCUACAAGCAGUUGGUCGAGUUUUAUAAAAGAGGACAAUUAAGUUUCGCCAAUGUCAUUACAUUCAACAUGGACGAAUAUGUGGGAUUAGCUCGAGAUCAUCCGGAAUCAUACCAUUCCUUCAUGUGGAACCACUUGUUUAUGCAUGUGGAUAUUAAGCCUGAAAACGUCUAUAUCCUCGACGGCAACGCUCCCGACCUUGACGAAGAAUGUAAAAAGUAUGAAGCGGCUAUCGCACGUGUCGGCGGUAUCGAGCUGUUCUUGGGAGGCAUUGGUCCUGACGGCCAUAUUGCAUUCAACGAGCCCGGUUCAUCCCUCACGUCCCGCACCCGAGUCAAGACUUUGGCUUACGAGACCAUUCUUGCCAAUGCCCGAUUUUUCGACGGUGAUAUCAGCAAAGUACCCAAGCUGGCUUUAACCGUUGGUGUUGCUACCGUCAUGGAUGCACGAGAAGUUGUCAUCAUUAUCACGGGAGCUCAUAAGGCCAUCGCUUUAGCCAAAUGCAUCGAGGAAGGGGUGAACCAUAUGUGGACCGUGUCCGCUAUUCAAAUGCAUCCAAAAGGGCUGAUUGUAUCUGACGAGGAUGCCACGCUUGAAUUGCAUGUUAAAACCGUGAAGUACUUCAAGUCCAUCGAACAUGUUCAUCAUUCCUUGAUUGGACCUGAAAAUCUUUCUCUUCAGGGCGGGGUCAAGCAGCUAAAGAGUCGGGUCGUCAUUGAGACACACUCUGCCCCAUAAUCAUCUAUCGGACAGGCCCCUUUGAGUGAAUUGCAGUAGAGUACCUUGCUAUCGAUUGUUCCAUUAUAUUUUCUUCAUUGCUUCUGCAGCACCUGUAAACAAAUAACAGAUCCUAUAUGCAUAUUCUUGUAAAUGUACGUGUAAUACAACCCCUUCAUUAAAUGCCUUAUUACUGUAUAAACAUUCGCGAUGCACGAAUCACCGC